AUGAGUUGGAAAACUUUACCAGCUUCUGAGAACUCAGACAAAACUUUGAACUCCCUUCGAACAAUCAUCGACUCGUUCACAGUACAGCCCAAUGAAAGAAAAAAGCCCAUAAGACUGCAUCUUGGAGAUCCUUCGGUUGGAGGCGUCUUAAAACCCUGUCCCAUAGCCGUUGAGGCUCUUCACGAAGCCAUAGACAGUCAUUCGUAAGAAAAAAGAUGUUCCGCUUAGCAUGGCAUUUUUCAGAAGCGAUGUGUAUGAAUCAUCUGUGGGAACGCUGAGUUCUCGCGAGGCUGUGGUAGCCAAGUUCUCUAACUCUGACGCCCCGUUUACGGCUGACGACGUUGUGAUGACGUCUGGAUGCUCGCACGCACUACAGAUGACUAUAGAGGCUCUCUCCGGAAAAGGAGACAACAUUUUGGUGCCUCAUCCUGGUUUUCCACUGUAUGCGACGUUGUGCCGGCCGCAUGGAAUCGAAGACCGCGCCUACAAGAUUGACAUGUCCACGGGCGAUCGCAUCGAUCUGCCUCACUUGGAAACGCUGAUUGACGAGAGCACCAAGGCGCUUAUCAUCAACAAUCCUGGGAAUCCAACUGGCGGCGUUUUCGAAAAGGAACACCUUCAAGAAAUACUGGAGGUAGUGUAAAUACGUAGAUGCUUAUCAUCCAGCUAAAUACAAUCUGGAACCAAAUUCGCAACGACGACAAAAUUUUUCAAAGUAAACUGUUUUGGAUCACUUUUUUAGGAUUGUAUAAAAUUUUUGAAAAAUCGGAAAUCCAACAAAUAAAAUAAAACUGCCGGACUGUUCACAUUUUGGGCUGAAAACCCGUGUUUUGAAAUUGAAGUACUGCCAUUACUGUGAAAAUUCCGCGAAAACUUUGAGAUCUAGACACUAUAUUUAAAAGUUUUGAAGAAACUGCAAAAAAGUAUCAAAAUUUCCAAAAUUGAUUUUAAAAAUUUUGAUUCGGUGAAACUUUUUCAGAUAGCCAACAGACACCGAUUAGUUGUGAUCGCUGAUGAAAUCUACGGCGAUCUGGUUUUCAAUGGAGCUGAAUUUCAUUCUCUGACUUCUCUUUCUCCGAAAGUACCAAUAAUAAAAUGCGACGGCAUUUCCAAGCGAUGGAUGGUUCCUGGAUGGCGGCUAGGAUGGCUGAUAGUCUACGAUUGUCACGGAGUUCUCAGCGAAGUGAAGAAAGGGAUUGUCGCUCUGUCGCAGAAAAUCGUGGGCCCCUGCGCACUGGUUCAAAAAGCACUACCUAAAAUUCUGAAAGAAACCUCAGAUGAAUAUUUCUCACAAACGAGAGAAAUAAUUCAAAACAACUCGCGAAUCAUCGGGGAAUCUCUACGAAAAAUAAAUGGACUAACUCCAAUGACGCCUCGAGGAGCUAUGUACAUGAUGAUAGCUGUUGACAAAUCUGCAUACGGAUCUGACGUCACUUUUUGCCAGAAAAUUGUUGAGGUCUGUGGUUAAAUUUUUUUGCGGAAUCUCAAAAAAAAUAUUAUGAGAAAAAUUCAUGAACAUGACUGAUAUCAGUCGAUCCUUUCUUGGGUAAAUCAAAAAAAUUCUUUAAAAAAAUAAGUUGCGAGUUUAGAAUAUUCCUAGUAGUUUUUUUCAUCACAGUUCUAAAGUUUUUUUAUUCGUUGUCACACAUUUGAAAGAAAAAGAAACUUGAACUUUUUUUCAAUCUCAAGCGGGUAGUUUUUUUAAGAGCUUUCUUCGACACAUUCCCUAAAAGCUUCAAAAAAAGAAACUCAAAUUUGACUAUUUUUUGUUCAAACCAAUGAAACCGAAAGAUUUAUUAAAGAAAUAGGGAAUAUUCUUUUAGGAAGAAUCCGUGUUCUGUCUUCCUGGUCAAGCUUUUUUUGCGCCCGGUUAUUUUCGAAUAGUCCUGACGAGCUGUGAAAAGGAAGUUAGAGAAACCGUCAGAAGAAUCCAAAGCUUUUGUCUGCGGCAUUUUGGAAAAACGGUCACGGAUUUUGAAAGCUCAGAUGAAGGAUGUGACAUUGGCAACACAGAAUCUGAAUAGCUUUGAUCGAACAACUUUUUUCUUUCUCCAUUCCUUUUUCUUUUUGAUCAUAUUUUGUCUCUUUCUGCAUUCCUUUGUUUUUUGACAUAAUAUUGACAUUUUGCUGUGAUUUUCAUUUGCCAUGGGAUCUUUUGUCUCUGUGAUUUCUGUUUCUACUCGGUUGUAUUCAAGUUGGUGUGAAAAAAAAGCCAGCGAAUUUUUGAACAGCGACUUUCCAAUGUUUUUAUAUCGCUGGAGAACUUUCCGACGGAGACGUUUCCGACUUUUUGUCUCGAUAAACUUUUCGUUUUGAAUUUUCCUAUGUGAAGAAGGUAAAUGAUUCAUGACCAAAACACAAAGAUAUAGAAAAAAAAAGUUAGAAAAUGUUUCAUGAACAGAAAAACAUAAGGGAAAAAAGUCGGAAAGAGAUUCGUCGGAAGCUUCUCUGUCGGAAAGUUCCCUAGCGAAAUGAAAAAAUCAGAGAAGUUGCCGUUCGAAAACUUGCUGGCUUUUUUUAUACUACCGUAUUUAAAUAAUGACACUUCUACAAAUUCUAUUGUGAGCCGUUAAUUUUUUCCACUCAUUUUAGCAAGGUGCAUCAUGCGAUCGAGCCUUUUCGAUACGGUGCAUACAUUAUAAAACUCGAUACCAGAGAACUUUGAUGAAAAAGGUCUUGAAGCCUUAACAGCCACCUUUACUCCAAAAUGUCAGUACUUCUGCUACUGAGUGGGAGAAAAAAAAAUCUCAGAAAAGCUUUCAUCUUUUUUUAGCGAAGCUUUUGAUUUGGCCUGGAAAAUUUUUGGCGAAGUUUCGAAAGUAUGGAGACAAUUCACAUCGGUUCAGAUGAUUUAGAGAUGAGAAAAGGGGAUUUGGAUUGAGCUGGAUGUGGGUGGAUGAGGCUCCGGAAAGAGAUCUUCCGACCCGGUGCUCCUUCCGUUUCGUCGGUUUUGUUCGAAGAAGGCCGAAACAAGAGCCAAGGUAAUUGCCAAUAGCCGGUGAGUUUCGCGUUUGCCGAGUCCGAUCUCAUCUUGUCUCAUUUUCCGCCAUUCCAGUCUUCUUGAAAUCGCAUUUGCAUCACGGUUCACCUAGAGAACUUUUCUUUUCAGCUUACUUCCAACGAGAAUUUUUUCGGUUAAUAAUUUUAAUUUUGCGUGAAUUUUCGAUCAAAAAAUAUGCUUCGUAUGAGAAAAAAAUUAAAAAAGUAUAAUGCUAUUUACGAAAUUCCGAAGCUUUUUUCAUACUUUUUGAAUUUUGAUUAAUUUCGUACUUCACAGUUUCAAUUUUUGGUUCAACUUUCGUUAGUUUGAAAUUUUUUCUCUUGCACAAAAGGCGUUUUUUUGACAUAGGUUCCUAUUUAAAAAUCAACUCGUGACUUUAUUGACUUUUAUCGGUUAAUUACUCUGAAAAAGCUACUUCUGACAGAUUAUCGAAACGUUCAAUGUUUUUAAGCAAUCCUACUCGUCCUUUCCAUUCCUUUCACCCGUUAAAAAAAUAAAUCUUUUUUUGUUAUUUUUCGAUUCCAGCAAUAAUUGAAGGUUUCAAUGCUGUAAUUUAAAUCGCCACCUUCUCGGACAAGGAUGAAUGGCUGUUUUUUUGAACGUUGGUUGUUUUCGCAACGUUUUUUUGCCCACUGAAAUUGACAGAUACAAAGUUGCAGGAUAUUCCAAACAAUAAAUUAAAAAGAAUUAAAACUUUCAAUGGCCCGCUUCACAAACACUAUAAAUCAAUCUUUCAGAAACCACCAGUUUUGGGUGAAAACCAAUAAUUUCAUAUUCUGAAGCGAAACUGGAAACAUAAUUUUUUCCCUGUUAUUUUGACAGUUCUCUACAUUUUUUCUUAAUUUUCUAUUUACUAGUAAAACUGGUUUCUGACUUGACCAACUUGAUAUAUAUUUUCUUUUUUGCUCUGAAUUUAAAUUGAUAUUCAAACGACGAACCGUCAGAACUUCUCCGAAUGACCUCCGUGUUUUCCGACGACGUUUUGGUUCUUUCCAGAAAGACGCUAGCUGCACAUCACUCGGCCGUUCAAUUAGAUUUUCUAUUAUCCGUGGUCGUCUUUCACGCUGCGCGAAGACCAACAUCUACGGAGAUGCAAAUUUCCAUCUCCUCCGAUGACAAACUUUGCAGCUUUUUUUUGUGUACUAGACGAAUUGUGAGAUUCUCCGUUUUUGAGAGAGUUCUGAUGAAGCUGAAACUUCUUGAAAAACUUUAGAAGUAAAGACUAUUUUGUUUUGCAAGAAGAAUAAAAAAGUAACGUUUUCUUUCCUUAUAUUUUUCAAUUUCGGAAACUGUUAACGUGAAAAUUCGAAGCAGUGUAUUUCCUAUGUCUUAGGUACUCAGCCGAAGAGAAUGGCCGGAAAUCUGUAACCACGCCGAGCAAAAUUUCAGCACCCGGAUAGAGACCUUGAAAACGCCGAUUUCUGAAUCGCAGACAGCUGAAUUUUGGUGAAACAGACGGCAAAGAAAGGAAGGGCGGCAAAAAUUGAAGAUUCAGUUAGAUUGGCUCGCCUCAAUUAAAAGAUUUGCCAGGCCCAGAGGUCUCACUUGAUCGGUGUGCAAUGCGAACCGCCGCCCCUAAUGACUCUUAUACACGGCUUUCGUGGCUUCUCCGUUACCUGACUCACUUCGUCAUAACUGCAUCAGCUGCGAAGCCCUUGUUUUCUCUAGAUUUUGGUUUCAUUCUACAAAGUUUUUGUUUUUAGGCCAACCAAACUCUGGUCAAAUUUUUAUUGAAGUUUUAUUCUCGCAUCAGUUUAAUCAUUGAUGAUCUUCACGAAAACUACAACCAUUUUUUAGCUCAGUCGUUUUUUCAUGUUUUGCACUUUGUUCCGGCAUUGCAGACACUUCUAAAAAGUGUCAUGAACACGUUCCUGGCCAUUUUCGCAGGAUCCUUCAGUAACUUGAAAUUCCGUCGUUUAAUAGGAGUGAUUUUUGAAGUUACGACUUGACCAAUGUUACAAAAACUUGUACGAUUUCCAAAAAAAAAAGCGAAAAUUUCAAAAAAAAAAUCCAGCAUGACAUCGUGACUUCUUCAAAAACAAAAGAAAUCGCAAGGCAGUUUUGAAGACUUCCGUCGAAGAGGGAUAAAUUGGAACUAGAAGUAGGUGGAGAACGGGCACUCGCUGUGCGUCAUGACAUCGGCCUGAAGUGCUCGUCUCUUUCCACACGUUCAGAAGCCCCCAGGCAAACUCUAAAUGCUCCUGUCUUUUGCGAUGUCGCGCAGAGACGUCGACGCUCUUUUUCAUUCGUUUUUCUACUUUCUUUUAUCUUGACUCCAGUAGUGAUUACGAGGCUUCUUUCCAUAUAUGUACUCAGACCUUCUUUGCAUCAAUACUGUAUGGUCUGCUCCGAUCAUUUUCCAGAGGAUUACUGUUUCUGGCUGAGAACCUUUUCUGAAUCAAGCAGCAGCUGCAAAAUAAUAGGAGAACAAACAAGUUUCUCGAUUUCCUUAUUCAUUAUUAAUCUCUUUAUUUUCAACUCGAAAGCUGUCAAUUACAUCCAAAGCACAAAAAUAUAACCGAAAGAUCGCCGCUUUGAAAAAGCUGAACUGUGGAAAUUUCAUUGUUAAAGAAGUAAGAUUAAAAGGUGGCACUGAUUGAAACCAUUUUUCCCAGUCGAUCUUUUACCCGCUCACAUUCCUAGAUUUGCCCAGACUACGUCUAGAAUAGCUCUGAAGCUCUGCCAUUUACUCAUUCGAUCAACUUUACGAGUGAAAUAAAUUUUAAUUGGAUUCAUAAACAUCUUAUUUCAGUCCAAGAAAAUCGUCGUUUAGGUUCGUCGCCUUCAAAAGAGCAGAAAGCGUUUUUGAACAAACGUGUGUUGGCAAAUGUGCAUCCUCACUGGCCAACAAGAGCAACGAAUGUUUUUUUUUGCCUUUCUUAGCUAUUAUCCUGCCUGGCAAAGCCAUCAAUCAGCGCCUACCAAACGGCGGCAGCCCGCCCUUUUUCGGUCACAAGCACCUCGUUCCAUAG